AUGGCUAAGGAAGACCGGUGGAAGACGGCUUUCCGGUCCGUUCUCGGACUAUUCGCGUACCGCGUGAUGCCCUUCGGCCUUAAGGGUGCUCCCGCUACGUUCCAGGCCAAUAUUAAUGCCUAUCUACAACCUUUAUUGGACCAGGGCGUUAUUGCAUACCUAGAUGAUGUACUUAUCUAUAAUUCUGAUCUCUCUGGGGACGCUUCUCUUCUGCGACAAGUCCUAAGCAUUUUUCUUAGACAUCAGUUCUACCCAAAAUUCCGCAAAUGCAAAUUUGCAAGGCAAACAAUUACUUAUUUGCGUUAUACCGUUUCGGCUACGGGGAUCAAACCCGCAGAAGAUAAAAUCGCAGCCAUCCGGCAGUGGCCAGAGGUGCUGGAGUACGAAACGCAAGUGCGCCAGUUCCUCGGUACCAUAAACUACUGUCGCAUGUUCAUGGGACCGGACUAUGCAGACGUUGCCCGGCCGCUGGCUCACCUAACACGUAAAGACGUCAGCUUCAAAUGGACAGAGCUUCACACGCAAGCGGUGCGGCAGCUCAAACAGCGCUUAAUCGACUUCACUACCUUACAAGUCCCUGACACGACGAAACCCUUCGAGUUGUACACAGAUGCCUCUGGUUAUGCGAUCGGAGCAGUUCUCGAACAAGACGGCAAACCCAUCCGCUUCCUCAGCCAAGUCAUGAAACCCACGCAACAGAGAUACUCAAUCUACGAUGAGGAACUCUUGGCGUUGGCCAUGGCACUGGACAAGUGGUCGCAGUUGCUCCGUGUCUCCAAGGUAACGGCUUACACUGAUCAUCAAGCUCUAACCCAUCUCCAACGACUUCAAGCAUCGAAGCCUCUGCGCGGACGCACCGCCCGGUGGCCAGACUUCCUUGCGGAGUUCCCGGAUUUGCACAUCACGUAUGUUCAAGGAGCGCGCAAUCAAGUUGCCGACGCCUUGUCUCGCCGUCCCGACCUCCUUAACACCCGCUCGCACGACACACCAUCGGUACCGCUGAUGCUCGCAAUACGACAAGCGAGCGCGGCUCCCCGCUCUCGUGGUCCGCCUCCCAACUACCGAGAGCUCGCCGGAAUUCGUCCGCGAUCCCCUCGGCGAUGCAGCACGCCGUUUGCGCCUUUUUCUGCGCCGCCGGAACCCAACCCCGAGCCGGAACCUUCUACACUCACAACGAAGCCACCGGCUGACCGUCCUGAUGUGCGCCAUUGGCCGCAAGCGUACUCGAAGUGUCCUGUUUUUCGCGUUCCCUACAAAGCCGCAGCAAACCAACCGGUAGAAGCUCUGCAAAUCGAGUUUUGUAAUCGCCAAUUUACCUUUCGCUACGUAGAGCCUUACCUGCACAUCCGCGUUCAUGGACUGUGGCGCACCUGCGUUCCACAAUUCCCUGAGUUCCUUACUCACGUUCUGCAUUCGCAUCACGACCAUGUCACAGCCGGCCAUCGAGGCCAGAAAAAGACCUUUGGCGCUCUCAGCAAGCACUACUACUGGCCAGAAAUGCGUGCCUACACUACUGCUUAA